CCAAAAGUAUGUGGACACCUGUCCAUCACACUCGUACGUGGUCCUUCCCCAAACUGUCACCACAAUGUCUGAAGCACAUAAUUAUAUAGAACGUCUCUGUACACUGUAGUAUUAAAGUUUCCCUUCACUGGAACUAAGGAUCCCAAACCCUGUUCCAUCAUGACACACUGUGCACAAAGCGAGCUCCAUGAAGAUGUGGUGUGUGAAGGUUGGAAGAAGGUAGAAGAACUCGAGUGAUCCCCAUAGCAUCCUCACAGCCACGCCCCAAAAUCCCCACAGCCACGCCCCAAAAUCUAGGUUAUUAUAAUAGCAAAGGUGGAAUAAACAUGGAAUGGGAUGUUCAACAAGCACAUAUGGGUGUGAUGGUCAAGUGUCCACAAACUUUUGGCAAGUCUAUCUCAGUGCUCUUUCCAAUGACGCCUAUAGUGUAAACACAACACAACCUUCUAAAGAUUACUUACUACUUAGACUAUUAAUAACAGCUCACGCAUUACUGCUUAGUAAAUCAUGAUUAUUGCAGCAGAAUAAAUAAACAAACAAACAAACAAACAAAUAAAUAAAUAGUCCUGUCCUGGAAAAAAUAACAGUGUGAGAAAUCAGCUUAUAUUGUUGUUUUGGUUUUAUGUAAAGCAGGUUUAAUGUUAUGGCCUUACUUAACUGCUUAAGAUCCAAGUAAGUCAAAGUCUCAAGACCUGGGCUGGGUGUUGUAGUCAGGUUUAUUACAAGGAAGUGUUCAUGUUAUGGCUUUGUUUAUCAGUUUAAGGUCAAAGGAUCUCAGUAAUUUAGAUGUUUAUCAGGUAAUACACAAUAUAUGAGUGUAUAACAUCUGGUCAAAACAAUAGGUCUUUGAUGAUCCAAAGUGAAAAUAUUUUGAUUUUGGCCCAAGAUCCAGGAACGUCCUUCAGACAUUUUCCAUAAAUGGAAUAAUCAGGAGGUGUUUAGAAGCCCAACAAGGUUUAUAAGUGUGGGAGUAUGAACGCUUCAGAUAGGAUGCAGGAAGCAGCACAGGUAAGACUUUAGUUUUAAUUUACAAGAUCCGAACACACUGUUCUUCAUCUGUGUGGUGAAGAAGAUGGUUAACCUAUUCUGUAUUACUGCUCAUAAUCUAUCAUACUGUAAAACCCUCAUACUUUUGUUUAGAAGAACAAACUAUUAAAACAAAUCACAAAGCAAAAACAUACAGAUUUUAUAUGUCAGAGAUUAAUAUUAAAUGGUUUAUUUAUUUAAUUAUGUUGCAUUUACUCUUCUCAGGUACAGCAGUUGAAUUUCUGCGUUAAAAUCCAGCUGCUGUUUACAUGAACUACUGGAGGAUAUUAAAAUGAUUGGUGCUGUGUUUUCGAUGCUCUGGGUUCUACUGCUCCCCCUGCUGGUUGGGAGUAUUUCUUUUUCCCAGGAACUGUUUCCAACAGACUGCGCUGAUGUCUACACUAAUGGACACACACUCAGUGGAGUGUACACCAUCUACCCUGCAGGGGAAACACCUGUACAGGUGUACUGCGACAUGGGCUGCUGGGGAAGCCAAACAGAGGACGGGAAUUGGACGGUGUUUCAGAGGAGAAUGGAUGGCAGUGUGAAUUUCUACAGACCAUGGGAACACUACAAGAAAGGGUUUGGGAACAAGUACGGAGAAUACUGGCUAGGAUUGGAGAAUCUCUACCAGCUCACACGGAACAGGAAAUACGAGCUGAGGGUGGACCUGCAGGACUUUGAUGGAGUUUCAGUUUACGCUCAGUAUUCAUAUUUCUCUGUCGAAUCCGAAGCUGAAGGCUACAAACUCCACGUUAGCGGUUUUAUCAAUGGAGGCGCAGGUGAUUCUCUGGAGUUCAGCAAUGGUCAGAAAUUCUCCACCUUUGAUAAAGACCAGGACUUGAAUGAGGAGGGAAACUGCGCUAAAUCCUACCUUGGCGCUUUUUGGUACAACAAGUGCCACCAUGCUAACCCUAACGGGAUAUACCUGUGGGGACGUGACGCUACUCACUUUGCCAUUGGAAAUGUAUGGUACCAUUGGAAAGGCUACGAUUAUGGUUUGAAGUUCAUCACUAUGAAGAUCAGACCUGUGUCGUAGACUCUUGCGCCCAUGUGAAACAACGAUGAGUUUGAUAGAGUCUGAUACUGUCUUGUCAUCUGUCGAGAUAAAAUAUUGUCACUGUAUUUUUUUUUACCAUAUGAUUUUGCAGAAUUAUAUAAAUUAAAUAUGUAUAUGUUUCUUUACUUGCUGGAGUCUGUG